AUGUGUUAUUCACCUGCACUCAAUCAGUUCGACAACAUAUUGAACCAUGUGUUCUCGCAAAAAAAGGACCUCUACAACACUAUGGGCCUAAAUCAGGUUUCUCUCUGGGUUCUUGAGAGAGAUGAUGUUUUUGUGAAGAUAACACAUUGGGGGGUUUGUUAUGGUGAUGUUGUCUGGACAAGAAAUGGACUUGGAGACUCAAUUUAUCCUCUGGUACCUGGGCAUGAGAUUGCUGGAGUUGUCAAAGAGAUUGGUUCGAAUGUCAAAAAGUUCAAAAUUGGAGAUCAUGUUGGUGUUGGGACAUUUAUAAAUUCAUGUAGAGAUUGUGACUAUUGUAAUGACUUUCUAGAAAUCCAUUGCUCAAAAGGUCCAGUCUUCACUUUCAACAGCCUUGAUUUAGAUGGUUCCAUAACGAAAGGAGGAUAUUCCAGCUACAUAAUAGUCCAUGAGAGGUAUUGUUACAGAAUACGUGACGGCUACCUACUAGCUAUGGCAGCACCUCUACUCUGUGCUGGCAGUACAGUGUAUACUCCCAUGAUAUGCUACAAGAUGAACCAACCCGGUAAAUCUCUUGGUGUAAUUGGACUUGGUGGCCUUGGCCAUCUGGUGGUGAAGUUUGGAAAAGCGUUUGGUCUGAAUGUAACUGUUUUCAGCACAAGUGAAUCCAAGAAAGGGGAAGCUCUAGAUGUUCUUGGAGCAGAUGGAUUCCUGAUAUCAUCAGAUCAGGAGCAAAUGAAGUCAUUGAUGAAGUCCCUGGACUAUAUCAUUGACACUGCUUCCGGCGAUCACCCCUUUGAUCCUUACAUGUCUCUGUUAAGGAUUGGUGGGGUUUGGGUCAUGGUUGGCUAUCCUAGUGAAGUCCGAAUGCAUCCUGGAAGCGUCAAUAUCGGCGCACGAACCAUUGCAGGGAGUAUGACACGUGGUACUAAACAGACACAAGAAAUGCUAGACUUUUGUGCAGAAAACAAGAUAUACCCAGAGAUUGAGAUCAUUGAAAUUCAGUACCUAAAUGAGGCACCUGAAAGGCUCAUAAAUAAGGAUGUAAAGUUUCGCUUUGUGUUUGAUAUUGAGAACUCUCUGAAGCGAGGAAGCUACAAGAGAACUGCAAAGAUUCGAUCCGUCAUGUAA